GGUGGGGGAAGUGUGACACAUCCGAAGUUGUCCCGGUGCACUCAGUUACCGCGGCGGCAUUGUGGUUACCGGUUGGAUGAGGCGACAGAGUGUGUAAUUCGGAAAAAAUCGAAGUCGCGCGCGUGAACAUUAAGAUGGAGCUACAAGGUGAUCAUGAACUGCUCAAAUUCAAUACAAGGUGACAAGAAAGAGAACGCCACAAUUGUGAACUCGUGUGUGUAUGAAAGCUGAUGAUAUGUGUGCAAGUGAGAGCAAAAUUAAUUUCUCGUAUAAAAGUAAUUGUUCAAGUUAGAAUACAGAUAAAUGAGCGUUAAUACCACAAUAGUAUUUUAACUAAGACGAUGCUCCUGGUAUGGUCAGCGGUGUGGCUUGGGCUCCUGGCUGCCCCCUCAAACGCUUCUCCCAAGUACCUGAACUACACGGGUGACAUCAUGUUAGGAGCCCUGUUCCCCAUUCACCACAAGGGGUCAGGAGGGGCCGAGUGCGGCAAAAUACAGCUGGAAGAUGGAGUGCAGCCGCUGGAAGCAAUGCUGUACACCCUGGAGCAAAUAAACAAGGACACGAAUCUACUGCCGGGUAUAAAACUCGGAAUGAUUGCGUUCGACUCUUGUGACAGCCCAACGUAUGGCCUCGAACAGGCCCUUGACUUUGUUAAAGGUUUCAUUGCGCACUUCAAUGAGUACCACGAACACGAGUUUCAGUGUAAAGAUGGCAGCACUCCGAAAUUUCGAGGAGGCGGUUUUGAUCAGGUUGUAGCUGUGAUUGGGGCACAGUCCAGUUCAGUCACUAUACAGGUGGCGACUAUGCUGCGACUGUUCCGGAUUCCGCAGAUUAGCUACAUGGCCACAUCUCCAUCGCUAAGUGACCGGGAUCGUUUCCCGUAUUUCUUUCGCACCGUACCUAGUGAUGUCAAUCAGGCACACGCUAUGCUCGAGAUACUCAGGAAAUUCAACUGGACAUACGUGUCUGUGGUGUACUCUGACAACGAGUAUGGGAACCACGGAUUUGAGACACUGAGCUCAUUGGCUGGAAAAUACAAUGUGUGCUUUUCAGCACCACAGCGUGUUAACAAAGAAAAUUUUAGGGACUCAGACUACGAUAAUGUGCUGUAUAACAUUGUUAACAAGACAGAUGUUCGAGUGGUGGUGAUUUUCGCUGACAAAUCCAUGACACAGAAACUGAUGGAUGCUGCUGCACGCCAUGGCAUCAUAGGUCAGUUUGUGUGGAUCUUGUGUGACGCGUGGAGUGCCGCUUCCAGUCAUCGCAGCCCUGACACCGCCUUUAACUACCGGAUGGUCGGCAAUGGUCUGUCGGACGCAUGGCGUGAUGAAAGCGUAAUGGAAGGGGCCCUGGCCGUGCAGCCUAUGUCCCGCAACCUGGCAGGCUUUGACAGUUACUUCAAGUCCCUUGGUCCCAGCCAUGGCACAAUCAAUCCCUGGUUUGAAGAGUCCCUCAAAGAAUAUUGCAAGAAGCAACUCAGUGCAGCUCACUACAGAUCUGCUGCAUCUUGGUUACAGGAUAGUAUGCCUACUGAACUGCCAGAAGAUGAAUCUACCACAUGGACAGACACAACGUUAGAUAUCACUCCUGGGACUGCCACACCUGGGACAUUUGAAAUGUGUGAGUGGGGCAGGGGGCGAGGAUACCGGCAGCAAAGAUACCUGCACUUUGUACGAGAUGCUGUGUAUGCUGUGGCACAGGCCCUUCAUAACCUGCAGGUAAAAGAAUGUGGGCCUGGUGCUACAGGAGUCUGUGAGAAAAUGCGGCACAUUGACGGGGAUCUUCUGAGAACCUAUCUCGCCAAUGUCACCUUCAAUGAUGAGGGAGGGAAGCCAUUUGUGUUCCUUAAUGGCCGAGAUGGACCACCACGAUAUUCCAUACUGAACUUCCAGAAAGACACCAGUGGACACCGUUAUCAUUGGAAGAUUGUUGGUAACUACACAUUGGAUGACAAAGGGUUGCCAGUACUCAACAUUGACCAUGACAUUAUUAGUUACCGUAAAGGAGAGGCUUUCCCAGCGUCCACCUGUGCCACACCAUGUGCUGUGCACCAGAUCAAAAUACAGCAGCGAGAAGAUAUAUGUUGCUGGCACUGUCGGAGCUGUGGCAAGUACCAGGUUAAGGUGGAUGAAUACCAUUGUGAGGACUGUGCAUUGGGGUCACUACCCUCACAUGACCACUCUCACUGUGUGCCCAUUCCUGAAGAGUUUAUUGACUACCAGAACCCAUGGGCCAUUGCAGCCAUGGCAGUUGCAAGCCUCGGAAUACUGGUGACGGUGUUUGUGUUUAUUAUCUUCUGGACAUACAGUGACACACCAGUAGUUAAAGCUUCAGGACGUGAACUGAGCUAUCUGCUGCUGGUAGGGAUAUUGGCAUCAUUUUGUGUCACAUUCGUGAUUGUUGCACAUCCUACAUCCUUCACUUGUGGUUUAACACGGUUCUUCCUGGGGUUCUGCUAUACACUAUGCUAUGCAGCCAUCGUCACCAAGACCAACCGCAUAGCACGCAUCUUCAGCAACCGACCCAUCUCUCCGCAUAAGACAAGGUACACAAGUCCAAAGUCUCAGCUGGUCAUAACAGCUCUGCUGACAUCUGUGGAGGUGGUGAUCAACGUGUCAUGGCUCAUGUAUGAACCACCUUCGGUGACACACUCAUUUCCAACUCGGGAAUCACGUAUGCUCAUCUGUGAGGGGCUAGAUGGCUACUCCUACAUGGUGGGACUUCUCUACCCCUUUGUGCUCAUAGGUUUAUGUACAGCAUAUGCUGUGAAGACACGGAAGUGUCCAGGUGGCUUCAAUGAAACACGGCAUAUAGCCUUCACCAACUACACUGCCAUCAUCAUCUGGCUUGCAUUUGUGCCACUCUACCUCGCCUCAAAUAGCAACUCCAUAAGGGUUGUGACACUGGCAAUAUCACUGUCCCUCAGUGGACUGGUACAGUUGGCCUGCCUGUUCUUUCCCAAGCUGUAUAUUGUGCUGUUCAAGCCAGAAAAGAAUACUAAAGAAGUUGUCAUGUCCCAGCACCGGAGUUCAUCAUACCUUGCCACGCCAACACCCACCAACAUCACACCUGUUGCUGUUGUUGUCAGUGCAGGGGGCAUGCAUUAUGUGCAGAACAGUGACCAGCUCAAUUCAGAUGCCACGAUUAGUGCAGGUUCAGUGGUGGCAGAACUCAAUUGGAAAGCCCAACAACAAAAACUGAGACCACAGUACAGUCCACAAGGGGUUCGCAUGUGGAGAGGAAAACCACCAACUCCAUUGGGGCAGAACUUCCCAGCACACAACCAGUCAUCUACAAGCUCCAUCAGGGAAGAGGACUCAUUUGACAUAUCUGAACAAGCGAGCACAAAGUGAAGCACAACAUGAGCGAGGGACAGGACAAGAUUCUAAGCAACUGCCAAAAUCCUCGUGUAGGAGCGAGGGAAGGAAAUGGCUACUGUAGCAGCAAAGUGCUGUGGUGUAGUAGCUCAAGUCAUCGCUCCGUAGCAAUUCACAUGAAAAAUAACUUGUUUGAAGUUAUAUUUGAGUCAGUGUGCAAUACACUCAUGUAAACUUUGAAUAUGUGAAAAGUAUUACACUUUUCUUCUAUUAAAAAAUCUCAUAUUUUUUAAGGUACCAAAUCCUUCGUCAGAAUUGUGUAUCUUCCAAAAUAUAAAGAAAAAACCUUUCUUUUUCUUGAAGUUUCAAAAGAAACUUGCACAAUUUGUGAAGUCAACAGCUCAUUUGGAUUUUUUCACUUAAAUAAAAAAUUUAUGAAUGAAUAAAAAAAACAAUGACAACGCAGCCAUGAUCCAUGUAUCAUAAAAAAUGUGGUAUGUUAUAAAAAGGUACAAACCAUCCCACUUAUGAGAAGACAGAAAUAACAAGUAGUUAUAUCAUAUUUUUGUUUUUUAAAUGUGACACCAUGUUAAAUCACUUUGUGGAGUAAUUUUAUUCUAUAAACUUUCUAAGAAAAUAGAUUAUACUAGAAUGCAGUAUUGUGAUGAAUCUGGUUUCAGACAGGUAUAUUUUUUUAGUUCCUAAUUUGUGCAAAGAAAUGUCAAAUUGGUGUGAAGUACGUGUAUGUAAGUGUACUUACCAGUGGAAAGCCGUGGCUGAAGAUUUCGAUUACAGCUUUCCACCAGUAACAGUGAAGUCAACAACGGAAAAUGUGUACACAAAUUGGCAGUCAUAUCUCUUAGAUUUUAACACUUAAAGAGAACCAUCUGAUUAUGACCAAUUAAGGUCAAAACAUGUGGUGGAUUCUUAAUAAACAUUGAAACUGUGAUCAUGAAUUGUUGUGUAGAUGGACUACGUUCAACACACAACAGGACGCAUCCCUUAAAAUUCACACAUAAUGAAACUACUUGUUACUACGUUCCAAAUGUUUUUUAGAAAAAUAUUUAAGCAGAAAUAUUUCCCGACAACUGCAUUUCUGAGUUUCCGUCUUUGAAGAUAAAAUUUACAUUUCGUUCACUUUUUGUCUGAUAUAACCUAGACUCAAUUAAGCUCCUGUGAGAGUAGAUUGUUACAUUAUAAAAAAUUAUAUAAACAUUCCCACUGAAGGUAUCACUGUUGUUUGUUGAUGCUAUUUGUUUUCAUGGCACACCCUAAUCUCCAAAUAUGUGAUAAGUAUAAAGACAUACUUUAUACAUUUUGGAGCAACAGAUCGUAUAAAAAUUUAUAUAGCCAUUUUGUUAUAGAUAUUUAUCUGUUUUUUGAAUAUUUCGUAAGCUAAAUAUAAAAAGUCCAUUCAGGCUUUAGAGUUAAGUGGCAACCCUAGUAGACCUAUCAGAAACAACAUUUUAUUUCACUUUAAAGUGAUAGCUCCUAAUACUAGGUCACAGACAAUUAGUUGACAGACAGAAUACUGACAUUUUAAGAAAUGGCCCCUCUAAAAUGUGCAUUUAGGCUGUCAACUUUACUUUAUCAAAAACACCUCACGCAGUUUAACUUAGUUGUGAUAGCCAAAAUUUAUGGGAAUGUAAGUGCUUAAAUUAGAUAAUAUAUAACUAACAUACACAUAAAUUCAGUACCUGAUGUUGAAGUUUCUAAAGUUCAAUAUAAAAUAUGUAUUUUUUAUAAAUUUAAAUCUGUGUGUUCCUAAAUAAGACCAGUGUAAAGUCAUUACUUCAGAAUUCACUAAGGGACUUCAUAAGACUGUUACAGCUGAGUGCUGAAAACAAAAAUGCAAUUUAUACCUAAUAUGACCAUACUUCAUCAUUCCACGUGUAGGUUGUUACUCAGCACAAAAUCUUUCUUGGCAGUGCUGACCCACGCUGAAGUCUUACAAUAGUAAAUCUACGGCCGAUGUAUUACACCUGAGAAAACUUUAUGCAAAGUAAAAGCCUAAAAUUUUGAUAAGAUCAGUAUCUUUCCCCUACAACAUCCUUCGGCACUCCUAAUGCAAAGCUUUUCUUCUGAGUAACAGAAAAGGGUAAAUUUCACAAAAUCCAAAAACUUCUCACAAGAUGGAUUCAGGGCUCAUUUUGUCAUGUGUUCUGAUGUGCAACAGUUGCAAUAACUACGUGUGGUGUAUGGGAAUGAACCCACCACCUUCAGUUGUAAAGUCACAGUAGUGACCUCUGUCUUUAUGUGCCAGUAAGAUACAUAAUACUCCAUUCAGUAUUCCAUCCUCAUGUAUACUAGUCAUUAUUGUAAUAAGUUACCAACAGAUGUUGGGAAUUCAUUAAUUUCAGACGCAUGUCGUAAAACGGUAAUAUGCUAAAAAUUCAUUU